AUGCCAAAGGAAGUGGAUGAAUUCUUCAGAAGCAUAGUUCGAGAUGUCCUGGCUGACCGAGAGAAGAAAAAUACCACAAGAAACGACUACAUUCAAAAUCUCAUUUACUUAAAGAAGAAGGCCGAGGAAACCGGAGGAAGUUAUACCGAAGAAGACAUCACGGGCCACGCAGUGACGUUCAUGACGGACGGGUUCGAAACUUCGUCCAUCACCAUGGGGUUCACCAUGCACCACCUCUCGCAGAACCCGCACAUUCAAGAGGCUCUGUGGAAGGAGGUGACGAAGGCCAGGGAAGAGAACCAAGGCCAACUGCCUUUCGAGGUGCUGAUGGAGUUACCUCUGCUGGACCAAGUCAUUCACGAGACGCUUCGCCUGCACCCGCCGCUGAUGGCCAUGGAGAAGGUGUGCACCGCGCCCACCACGCUGCGCGCGUCCGACGGCACGGAGGUGCACGCGCCGCGCGGGCUGCUGUGCGUGGUGCCGCUGCUGGGGCUCCACAAGGACCCGCGCUACUUCCGCGACCCCGAGCGCUUCGACCCGGACCGCUUCUCGCCCGGCCGCAAGAGCGACAUCCACAAGUAUGCGGUUUGCCCUGCAGCAGAUCAAACUCGGCCUCGCGUCCAUAGUGGAGAACUUCGUGAUCAAGACGACGCCCAGGACGCCGAAAGUGAUCGAGCAAGACCCCACGUACUUCCUGGCGUGCGCGAAGGAUGGGUUGUGGGUGCGGUUCGAAGAAAGGAAAUCUGCACGCUAAAGAACGAUACCAAAACGUUUGUGAAGGAAAAAAGAACAUGCUUCGCAUGGUGAGAAGAGAGAUUGAUCAUCGAGUGUACUCAGGACAAAUAAUAAUUCACGUUUGUGAUUCAAACAUAGCAAAUUAAAAUCGAUAAUGUUAGAUCUGCGAAAAUUUUGUGC